AUAAUUUUCUCUGCAGCUGUGCAAUUUGGUUCAUUUCAACCUUUGGACAAAGUUCAUCUCCCAUCAACGAAAAUGAGUUUUUCCCGACGAUGUUCUUCUGUUAUGCCGUUGAAAGCCGAGCCAAAGAGCAACGAUUCAAUUGUCCCUUCAGCAGCAACCAUUAUUGCCCCUGAAUUAAGCAGACGUGUUUGAAAAGGUCGAGGUAGAGGAUUACGAAAAACUGGCCAAGUAUCUUCAAAAUGCUUAUCCUCUUGAGAUUAUGGACAAAGCCCUUGCGAAAUUCGGAAAUGAUAAUGCAAUUGCUUUCAGUGGCGCCGAAGAUGUUGCGUUGAUAGAAUAUGCACGUUUAACUGGCCGACCAUCUAGAGUUUUUAGCUUGGACACCGGUAGGUUGAACCCUGAGACAUACAAAUUCUUUGACGAUGUUGAGAAGCACUAUGGGAUUCGCAUUGAAUCCAUGUUUCCUGAUGCUGUUGAAGUUCAGGCUUUGGUUAGAAGCAAGGGACUUUUCUCCUUUUACAAAGAUGGGCACCAGAGUGCUGAAGUGUCAGGAAGGUUAGGCCACUGAGGAGGGCCCUUAAGGGGCUUCGUGCUUGGAUAAUUGGCCAGUGGAAGGAUCAGUCUCCUAGUACUUGCUCGAAAAUUUCAGUUGUUCAAGUUGACCCUAUCUUUGAGUGGCUGGAUGGUGG